UUCAAAGCUUACACCCUCAGUUUCAGAGAAAAUUAUCAACUCCCUGUUGAGAGAAAACUUAUAUAUAUAGACAAACCUCCAAGGGCAUAUGCAUCACAUACAGCAGAAACAGGUGCAGGUGCAGGAGAGCUGUUAUCGAUCCUCAUGUCGUCCUUCUACUCACAGUUUGUCAUGAAGCAGUUGCACCCCCCAGAAAACAUAACGGGAAGCUUCCACCCACACCCACUUUGGCUGAAGGAUGCUCACGAGACGCCAUAUACUUGUUGGGGAUGUAAAGAGAAAGGCCUAGGAAAAGUUUACCAGUGUGAAGAUGCUAAGAAUUGCGACUAUCAUCUUCAUCAGCGGUGCUAUGAUUUAUCCUAUGGCGGCUUCAUCUCCUCCUAUACACCCCUUCUGGGGAGUAAGAUAUGUGAAUUUAAAUUUCAUCAGGAAGCCCCAGGAGGCAAUAAGAGAGCUUGUGAUGCAUGUGGGAAGGACGUGAAAGGGUGGUUUUACCAGUGUAAAACGUGUAAGAAACCCCAUUAUUUACACCCCUGUUGCACCAAUCUUCCCAUCAAGCAGACAGGGGAGAAGGGGAUUGUGCUUUAUCUUAAAGGCAAGACCUCAUCAACGUGCCUAGAAUGCAAAAGAGAGAAUAUUUCCCAAGGGCUCAGGGGCUGGUUCUACGUUUCCAACUGUGGGAAACACUGUUACCAUGUGGGAUGUGUUAUGGACAUGGGUCUGGAGAAUUUGAAGAAGGGUGGUGAUGGGUGUGAUGAUGAUCGAUAUCCUAUCAAAGAAACUACUGAUGAGAGGAAGAGUUGCAGCCGUGAAUCCUCGACAAGGCCUCAAAGCAGAGCUAUCACAAAGCAAAGUCUAAAGGUGGGGACGAGGAAGUUUCUAACGGAGGCUGCAAAGAUUGUUCUCAACCUCAUCAUUUCAGCCAUAUUCGGGAUUCCGAUUACUAGUGCUUGUGAUGCUUUCUAUAAGUUGUUUUAAUGUGUUUUGAUCCUCUAAAAUUAGUUAGUUUUGUUUUAUUUUAUCUGUAUCGUUUCAUGCCUUUGUAAGAAAUGUUUGAUAUGGAAAAUGAGCUCUUUUCUUUUGUUUUCUUCUU